GAUGCCAACCCCGAACGUCUCCACCUCUGCAGCCAAAGGCUUUCGCAGGGCGGUGUCGGAGCUGGACUCCAAGCAAGCCGAGGCCAUCAUGUCUCCGCGGUUCAUCGGUAGACGUCAAAGCCUCAUUGAAGAUGCCAGGAAGGAAAGAGAGGCUGGGGCCACUGAUGCCACAGAGUCUACAGAAACCAUUGUCUUUGAGGAGAAGAACGGGAGAGCCAUGCUGAACCUCUUCUUCAUGCUCAAGGGAGCCAAGACUUCACCACUAUCCCGUGCACUUAAAGUAUUUGAGACAUUUGAAGCCAAAAUUCACCACCUGGAGACCAGGCUUAGCCGAAAGCCCCGUGAAGGGACCGCUGAACUGGAGUACUUUGUCCGCUGUGAAGUCCACAGCUCUGACCUCAAUACUUUCAUUAGCUCCAUCAAGAGGGUAGCAGAAGAUGUGAGGACCACUAAGGAAGACAAAUUUCACUGGUUUCCAAGAAAAAUCUGUGAACUGGACAAGUGCCACCAUUUGGUCACCAAGUUCGACCCUGACUUGGAUCUGGAUCACCCGGGCUACUCUGACCAAGUGUAUCGUCAGAGAAGGAAAUCGAUAGCAGAAAUUGCUUUUCACUAUAAGCACGGGGACCCCAUCCCUCACGUGGAGUACACGCCAGAGGAGAUCGCUACCUGGAAGGAGGUGUACAGCACCCUGAAGAGCCUGUACCCCACCCAUGCCUGCAAGGAGUACCUCGAAGCUUUCAAUCUGCUGGAGAAAUUCUGUGGCUACAGCGAGAACAACAUCCCUCAGCUGGAGGAGGUCUCCCGCUUCCUGAAAGAGAGGACCGGCUUCCAGCUCCGGCCAGUGGCUGGCUUGUUGUCAGCACGGGACUUCCUCGCCAGCCUGGCCUUCCGUGUCUUCCAGUGCACGCAGUACAUCCGCCACGCCUCCUCGCCCAUGCACUCCCCUGAGCCGGAUUGCUGUCAUGAGCUGCUGGGGCACGUCCCAAUGCUGGCCGACAAGACGUUUGCCCAGUUCUCUCAGGACAUUGGGUUGGCAUCUCUGGGAGCCACUGAUGAAGAAAUUGAGAAACUCUCAACGCUUUACUGGUUCACGGUGGAGUUUGGGCUCUGCAGACAGAAUGGGAUAAUCAAAGCCUACGGAGCUGGGCUCCUGUCUUCCUAUGGGGAGCUCAUACACUCCUUGUCAGAUGAACCAGAGGUGCGGGACUUUGACCCCGACGCUGCUGCUGUUCAGCCCUACCAGGACCAGAACUACCAACCCGUGUAUUUUGUGUCUGAGAGCUUCAGCGAUGCCAAAAAUAAACUGAGGAACUACGCAGCACACAUCAAGCGGCCCUUCUCGGUGAAGUAUGAGCCCUACACCCACAGCAUUGAGCUCCUGGACAGCCCUCAGACGAUCUGUCACUCCCUGGAGAGCGUAAGGGAUGAGCUUCACUCACUGAUUAACGCACUCAAUGUUAUCAGUUAAUACAAGAACUGGGCUCUUCCCUCCCUCUCUUCCCUUUUCACCCCAAAGCUGCCCACUCUGCCCUCGCCUCAUUCCCCCCAAAACUCUUACCUGUCUUCUCCAAACAUUUGCACUGCUGCCUGUCACCACGCGACCCCAACAGCUUUGCACG